GUAAUAAUAUGUUUACGGCUUGCAACGAAUAAAAUAGUGAUUUGUUUGCGGCGUUUGAUGCGUGUUACAAAAAAAACUAAUUAAAUGGGUGUCUAAAAGGCUUUUAAUCGUGCAAAUAAUUAGGGAUGAUGGAAGGAACUAGCGAGCCGCCGGCGAUGAGCACCGAGCUGGUACCAGCUGCUGAACCAGAACACAAUGAUGAAUCUAUGGAAGAAAGUGAGGAGUACAACUUCGAGGGCGACGAGUACAGGCACUUCGUUCCCCGAGGUCGGGGUGGAUUCAGGGGUAGAGGUGGUUUUGAUUUUCCAAUGCGAGGUGGUCCACCACGGUUUAGAGGACGAGGAUUCGGACCAAGAGGACCUAUGUUUCGAGGCACCAACAAUGGAUUUCCUUUUGAGGGCCCACCUAGACCAAAUUGCCCACCAGGACCAGCAGGACCAAGAUUUCGAGGACCUCCACCAUUCGAUCCAAGUUGGGGACCUAUGGGGCCACCUAAUCUUAUGGGACCUCCAAAUUUGAUGGGACCACCAGGAAUGCCACCACCGCACAUGAUGAACGGACCGAUUGGAGCCGGGCCAGGACCUUUUGGACCGCCUCCUGGAAUGGGACCACCCUCCAUGAACAGCAUUCCAGGGCAGCAACAACCACAACAACAACAGCAGGCCCAACAACAGACAAACAUUCCAGGAUUGGAUCUCAAUGGCGAGGUCUGGGUGGAAACCAAGACUUCCGAUGGAAAGUCUUACUACUACAAUAUACGCUCUAGAGAGACGACCUGGACUAAACCAGAGGGACCAAAUGUCAAAGUAAUGGUGCAGGAUCAGUUGGAACAGCUAGUGCAUGGAGCUGCGAAACAAACUGCACGAGACGCUACACCUACGACGACUAACGCAACGCAGCCGCAGAUCACUGAACCCAGAGUGACUCAAGGUAGCGAUCAGUCGUCAUCGAAUAACGCUGAGGCAAUCAAUCAGAUGAGUACAGCGCCACCUGGUACGGUUCCUCCCGUUGCACUUAAUGAAACACCGGAAAUGGCUCCACAGCCGGACGUCAACCAAACAAACGGAAUGCCUCCAGGUACGCCAGCUACUGUAUCUGCAACACCCUCUGUAAAUACAGCCACUAAUAUGAUGCAACCUCCACCGAAUAUGAUACCUAUGCAACACAGAAUGCCUAAUCAGUUUGGCGGACCGAUCGCAGCGCCAUUUGGUGCUGCUCCUUUUGGCAUGCCACCUCCAGGGUUUCAAGCCUUCGGAAAUUACGGACCUCCACAGACCAAUUGGGGAAUGCCGCAGAUGCCUCACGGAGUAAUGACACCACAAGCGGCACCGGAAGAUCCGGCUUUGCUAGCUCAGAUAGAUCCGGAGUUGGUGGCUUCCGCUAUGAUAUGGACAGAACACCGUGCGCCUGAUGGAAGACUUUAUUAUUACAAUAGUAAAGCUGGAGAAUCCGUUUGGGAAAAACCUCAAGCCUUGAAGGAUUUUGAGAGUGCCAAAUUGGCUUUGCGGCAGAAAGCCGAAGAAUCGGUUGCAGCUGCGAGCGUAGCCGUCCCAGAUCAAACAAAGCAACAAAAGCCUCAAGAGGGCAGUCAUGAAGCCAAAGAAAAUGCCAAGGAAAUGGAGAACAAUAAACAGAAGAAGGAAGAUUCGAUACCUAAGGAAGCUGCCAAGCCUCAAGAUAAAUCUAGACCGAUUUCCAGUACUCCUGUACCUGGGACACCUUGGUGCGUCGUCUGGACGGGAGACGGCAGAGUAUUUUUCUACAAUCCGUCGUCACGUAUUUCCGUUUGGGAGAGACCGGAAGAUCUAGUGCUUCGUCAGGAUGUGGACAAAAUGGUUUCGACACCUCCAGAUGCCCUCGGUACUACGAAGAAUGCUAGACAGUCAGAUUCAAGUGAGAGCAGCGACGAGGACCAGCCCACUCCUGCUAAGAAGAGCAAGCAAGAGGAAACGAAGGUCGUGGUGGUUAAAGAGGAGGAGGAAAAGGAAGGCAAGAAGACCAUUGACAUCGGCAAGGAAGCGGCCAUAGAAGCGGAAGUCAGGGCAGCCAGAGAGAGGGCUAUUGUCCCCUUGGAGACGAGAAUUAAAUCCUUCCGGGAUAUGCUCGCGGAGAAGGACGUAUCAGCUUUUAGCACUUGGGAAAAAGAACUGCACAAGAUCGUCUUUGACCCCCGGUACCUGCUGCUAACAUCUAAGGAGAGGAAGCAGGUGUUCGAGAAGUACGUGAAGGAGAGGGCGGAGGAGGAACGUCGCGAGAAGAGGAACAAGAUGAAGGAACGGAAAGAGCAGUUUCAAAAGCUCCUAGAGGAAGCUAACCUUCACGGAAAAUCGUCAUUCAGUGAUUUCGCUCAAAAGCAUGGAAGGGACGAACGCUUUAAAAACGUUGAGAAGAUGCGGGAGCGCGAGAGUCUCUUCAACGAGUAUCUGCUGGAGGUGCGCAAGAGAGAGAAAGAAGAGAAAACAGCCAAACGAGAGCAGGUGAAAAAGGAUUUCAUAGCCAUGUUGAGGGAGCAUAAGGACAUCGACAGGCAUUCACAUUGGGGCGACUGCAAGAAGAAACUAGAGUCCGAUUGGCGUUACAGGCUCGUCGAAUCGGCCAGCGCUCGCGAGGAUUGGUUUAGGGAUUACGUGAGGAUCCUGAAGGAGGAACGCAAGAAGGAGAAGGAACGCGACAAGGAUCAUCGUCAUCGCGACAAGGAUCAUCACAAGUCCGACAAGAAGGACAGGGAUCGCAAGGAAGAGAAGUGCAAGGACAAAUCCUCCAAGGAUAAGAGCGACAAGGAAAACAGUGGUAAGGAUAAGAAACAAAGAAAGAGCGAAGUUGUUGCCGAAGAAAAUGGGAAAGACAAGAAGGACCUGACUUCUGACAAAGAGACUGGUGAGAUCGAGGAGAACGAGGAGAAAUCUGCUAAGAAAGACAAUGACGACGAGGGCGAGGAGCGAUCCGAUUCUGAGGAGGAUCGUGAGAAGCAAAAGAGAGAACGAGAGAGGAGAGCCGAGGCUAGCCUUCGAGAGAGAGAACGAGAGGUCCAGAGAACACUGGCGACUCAUCUCCGAGAUCGCGACAAGGAACGGCAGCAUCAUCGGCACACGGAGGCCGUUCAGCACUUUAGUGCCCUUCUUGCAGAUCUGGUUCGAAAUGGAGAUCUCGCCUGGCGGGAAGCCAAAAGACAAUUAAGAAAAGAUCACAGGUGGGAAUUGGCUGAGAGUUUAGAUCGUGAGGAGAAAGAGCGACUCUUCAACGAGCACAUUGAACAACUUGGCCGUAAAAAACGUGACAAGUUUCGUGAACUUCUGGACGAGGUCGGCGCCUCGACGGAACUUACGGCGUCCUGGCGGGACAUCAAGAAAUUAUUGAAGGACGAUCCGAGAUAUAUCAAGUUCUCGUCGAGUGACCGAAAAUGCGAAAAGGAGUUCAAGGAAUACAUAAAGGACAAAUUGGUUGCUGCCAAAGCUGAUUUUCGAGAGUUACUGCAGGAGACGAAGUUGAUUACGGACAAGACAUACAAAAAAGUUCAAGAGAGUAACAGCUGCUUGGUAGAGAUCGAAGAAAUUCUACGAAAAGACAGACGAUUUCUCGUUUUGGAAGCUGCAGCCGUGGAAAGGACGCGUCUGUUGAUGGGUUACUUGGAGGAAUUGGCUCGCAGAGGCCCCCCACCACCCCCAACAGCAUCAGAACCAUCGCGCAGGCCAACAACAAAUUAAUAAAAGGUCUUCGUCGAUGGAUUAUACAUAACGCGUCCACGUAAUGAAAAGUUAUAGCUGUAGUUGGAAUGAAUCGAUUUACAACCUAGACUAUUACUACACUGUACUUCUAGGAUUCAAUAAAAUCUAACGCCCAUUUCCUCUUCAUUUAUUUGAAUGGAAUUCGGUAGUCUUU